UAAGCUUGCUCUCUCUCUCUUUGCAAAAUACUUCAGUUCACGGAAAGCAUUCGUCCAAGAUUUCUGAAUUCUUAUUCCGAUGAAUCAAUAAUUUUCUCAGCAAACAAACAGACUAGAAAGAAUUCUAAACCACACCGGUGGUCAGAACCCUUUUGAAAAAUCCCUAAUUUUAUUCGUCAGCCAUUGAUUCUGGCCUUAACAGCUCUUGCUGUUUGUUAUGGCCGAGGAGAAUAAACCAACCAAGCCCUCUCAAGAACAACCUGAUCAAUCAACACCAAUCUUGCCUAGAACUUACGGGCAACCACUUGGAAAAAACAUGGCUUCAAAAACAACAUGGCCUGAGUUAGUAGGCCUAACGGCGGAUGAAGCAGAGAAGAAAAUCAAAGAAGAGAAACCAGUUGUUCAAGUUCAGGUAGUUCCUCCAAAUAACUUUGUUACCAUGGAUUUCAGACAGAAUCGAGUUCGACUGUAUGUUGAUUCCUCUGGAAAAGUCGAUAGGGCCCCAAGAAUUGGGUGAUAAUUUAUUAACUCAACAACUAUUUGACUUGUUGGAUUAAAAGAGAUUGAAGUUUGAGAGUUGGUGAACUUAUGCAUGUCCUUUUGUAAGAAAGAAGUUAUACUUGAAAUAAGCCCACUCG